CACAUCUGUUCCAACUACAUGCUGUACCCCUUCAACUUCAUUCCUCACAAGCUCUUGAAGACUUUAUCUUGAAGACUUUAGAACUGAAAUCAGCUGAGCAUAUGAAAGUUUUGAGUAUAAUGAGAAUAGCAAGCGAACGUCUUUGCCUCAUGAUUGAAGAGGAGCAAAUGAGCGCUCUCAGUUAAUAAGACUGCAACUACUAGUGGCACUGCAUCAUCACAACGACGGGGACUACAAUUACAUCAAUGCCACGAGGUGAGUGCAACUCGUCAGAUCCCUCCUCUGGCCAAUACCUGUACAGCCGGUUACCAGAUAAAGCGAGUUACUGACUGAAAUACGAGAGUCUUGACUACAUUCCUCUUCUUUCACAGUAACUCCCUUAUUUUCCCUAGUUACUCGCUUAUUUCAGUUUAUCGAAUAGAUGAAAUACCUGUACAGCCAGUUACUAGAUGAAGAUUUCAAGAUAAUUUGCUGUUGUCCGAAGAGCCGCGGCGGGUGAGACGAAGCCACUUGUUGCUCGCGAGCUCUUAGAUCUCAGAUAAGUUGCCUGAAGACGUGGAGCCGUGUGAGACGAAGCCGCUACAACUUGUUGUAGAUGUAGACACAACUCUCGUGCAGCAUCAGCAAGCUCUUCGAGGAUCUAAGAGCAAUGGCAGGCGAUGACGACGGGUCGUGGAAAACCUCCAAGGCAGGUGGCGAAGACGCCGUCCACGAUGAAGACACGAAGUUCUACGUAUUGUACCUAGAAACCAUCCGACUCUCCCAGCCGGAGGCGGAAGAUCUGCGUGCCUGCGUCCAUUGGUACAUCGGUGAAUCCGACUAUUCUUAAGGGUAGGUUAAAGGUGCUUUUCUUACCGCUUUUUAUGCCUCUCUCCCUUAGGAUGAGAAAGGCAUAACAAGCGGGGGAACCCGCGAGCACCAAAAACCUACCUCUAAUAUUCCAGCGUUCCCUUCGUCAUUCCUGCACAAUGCACAGAAUAUGAAUUGAAGAAUUGUGCUUUCGUUGUGCUUCCGGACUCGGCUUUAGCAAACGACUUGGACAGCAAUUCACUGACGAUAUCUAUCACGACCUGGGCUGGGGAACAUCUUGGCGUUUUCUUCGGUCAUUGCAAGGAUGUGGGAACAAGUACUUUCUUGUCGUUUCUUUCUCACUACAAGAGACAGAUAGGUAUUCGGUUGCGUGUUAUUUUGUGCACCGGAUGUGGGACUAAAAAGAUCACUUCAUAUAAAACUGUAGUAAACUCUUUUGGGCACCAACGCGAUAAAUUCCUAGACUUUCUUUGUUCGUAGGUACUCCGAGCACGACAACAUGAUUGCACCUUGAACUACAAAUGAAACCAAAACUAACACACGACAGGUGAGACAUUUGACCGACACGAUCUUGAUUUGUUGCAUGAGGAUGGCAUUUUCGCCAAGGUUGAAAUGCAUGCCGCCUGUCAAACAAGAUGGACUGAAGCGAAGGUAUUUUGCUAAGUACGAUCAUUUUGAUUUCUAUUUGAUUCAACUAAAAUAAUCCAUAUCGAUAUCCUUUUCCACCCCACUAAUACCUCUAGUACUACAUCACUAAUGUAAGGUAAGUAGUCUCUAACUCUAUAAGAUUUAUACUGCAUGAAGAUAGAAUUAGAAGUAGAACAUCAAGAUACCCAUAGUACAACCCGUACCCCUCACAAAGAUUCUUUAGAAGAUACCAGUAGUACCUCACAUCAACAAAUACAAAUCUACUAUUUCUCUACUAGUAUAGAUAGAAUCGACAAGAUAUUAAAUUUUCAGGUUGACCAAAAGGAAGCAGCCUUCGUUGAUCCUGGUGCAGACGAGCAAGCAAAACAUAUAUGGGAUUUCAUCGCCGAUGGCACGGAUAGUUGGCGUGGGAAAGCGACAGCUAACAAAGACGACAAGACCUCACCUGACUCGAAAGCGUCCGAUACUGUGUCACCAGAUGGAAAGGAGGUAAGAUUGGAUGAAAUGGUGAAACUGUGGGCUUUGUGGUACUGUCAGCGUUGUCAUGUGACGGGGGAAACGUAAGGGAGACACGGUCUAUAUUUUGAAGAGACGGAAGGUUUUCUUGAUCUUCUUACUUUGAUGUCAUCACCCCAAGUGGUCACCCAAACCCUAUUUUUAAGCACAAUCGCCCUAAGCCGUAACCAACGAAUCUUGAUUACAACACAACUCUCUAUGAAGCAACUGACAACCCCCUCUCAAUACACUACUCUCUAUCAAUACGCAACUCUCGUCCACUUCUACUUUUACGCAACCCGCCUCUUCAGGCAGCUGUAGAGAAAGAUGAUGGAAAGGGCGUAGAGGGACUGACAAGUGAGGGAACCAGUUCUCCAGAAUCGCAGAAAUCAUCGAUGGAAGCUGGUAAUUGUUAAUUCAUUUUGCGCUUGGUAAUGCGAAACAGAAUGAGUACACGUCUUUUUUACGUUUAGAUGAAUGCAGAAGCAAGGAGGUUUUGAGAUUUCCUAGAAGGAAGCAUAGCCGUGCUCAUUAGGUAACUUCUCCUCAGGACUAAACUCUACAGCCCUUUCAACAAGCAGGUAAAGAUGUUACACGCAAAGCUACGGAAACGACAAGGAAAUCAACUGCGCGAAAGCGUAGCACCCGGGUGUCUCCGAAGAAAUCGAAAGCAGGAGCAACACAGGAAGAGGCAGCAGGCCUUGAUGAAAAGCAAAAGGAAGACGGAGGCAAGAACGAAAAUGAGCUAAAUGACCAGAACCAGGCUUCAAAUGAUGUAGAUGCUGCAACUAGUGGAAAAAAGCUAGAAGGAGAUGGAGGUGAUGAAGCCGGCAUACAGAAGGAGGCGGAGGACAAGAGUACAAAAAAGGCGAGUCGUGCUAGUGUCUCACCGACCACUAGAAAAAGCACCAGAACACCUUCGAGGAGUAGAAAGAGCACAGCACCUUCGAAGAGCAGGAAAAGUACCAGUGAAAAGAAGGUCACAUCAGAGGCGAAGAUAACGCGAGCCAUUGAUCGGGCAUCGUUAGAAGAUGGCGAUAUUCCCGAAGUGCCAGACCUUGAAGAAACCGAAGAGGGAGUCGAAGAACCCGAACCGCCUGCGCCACUCUCUGUAACCCGUACUCCAACAAGGAAGAGUAAUGUCCUCAGGACUUCUAGUUCGCGGCCGUCUUCCUCCUCACCUGGUAAAAAGAGGAAGAGCAGUAGUACAGCUACAGACCGAAAAUCAACAUCUCCAGGUGGAAUUGCAGACGGGCAAGAAGGAUCGCGUAAAUCCACCGCGACAAGAGAAAUGUCGGCUCGCAAAUCAUCUCCCAACAAGGUAAGCGCUGUAACAAGUUCAAGUCAAGGAAGAACGUCCGCGACGACGACGAGCACUCCACCAAGAGGAAAAUCAUCUCUAAGUUACGGCUUGCCCUAAUCCAUCUUCUGAAGCGUCCUGAGGGCUGAGGAAGCUUGUCAAGGGGUGGAAAAUGGGAGCAGGACGAUGAUUCCUAGGAUGGAUUAGGGUCGUGAGGAGCUCUAAGUAAGUGUAAGACCAAGUAGUCGAGGGCGAGGCCUCACCAAAUUGCUUCGCGCCUCAGCAAGGAAUCAAGACGAUCCUCAGCAAGGGUCCGCUCGUGGCGUUGUGGGUGACUUCUUGCUCGAAAAUGCAGUGGACAAAUUACACCAAUUCUUAAGGCUCAACCUAAUUCAUCUUCUGAAGCAUCCUGAAGAGGCUUUUCGAGGGGAAAAAGGUAGCAGGAUGCUUUUCAAGAUGGAUUAGGGACGUAAGCUCUAAAAUUCACGGAAAAAAUUUUCGGCACUGAGGGAGUCCGUAGUGCCUUGGUACAUCCGCAGAGUGGCAAAAGAAUGCAAGUGUUGUUGAAAAUUCUAAUGUACCCAACAGGAAGUAGUAGUAUUACAGGAGCUUCCAGUUCCACAGCAGGUGCAUCUUCCUCAUCUGGAGGAGCCACUGCUGGACCUCGAGCUCCUGUGUCAACUACAUCAGGCCCUUCUACGUCUUCUGAAACAACUGAAACAGAAGCCUUUCUCGAGGUGACGAAAUACAUAGCUGAUCCGAGUGCGUUUUACUCCGACAGUCUAUCAAAAGGCAAACGAAUAAAGAGUGUGCGGUUAGCCGCAUUACGAGGCAUGUAUCUCGGAUCGGAAUUGAUGCCACCACAGGUACGGAGUGUUAUCAUUGGGAGCGAUCAGUCAUCCGAAGAUUAAGGCCUAUUAUACUCAAAUUCGAUUGAUGUUCGUCUUCAUCUCGAAAUAUAACACUAACUACUAAGAAGCAUCUUUGACGUUGACCGUUGUUGUUUGUUUCUCAACAAAGCAAGCAAGAAGAAGCCACGUUUCCAAAGUCACAGAUGGCUUUCAAAAAGAAUAAGUGUCUAUGAAGAGACUCAGGUCCUCUCCAAAGAGUUAGGUUUUCUAAGAAAAGGAGCAUUUUCUGCAUGACCUCUGCGUCACGAUGCAGAUUAGCGAAGACGAGUUUUUGACCUUUGAAUUCGCACAACCGGGAGAUCACGUUGAAGCUGCACACGAGGCAGCUGAAGCGGAAGAUGAUAUUACUACUGCUGAAGGCAUGCUUCGCGCAGAGUGCCUGCCGGAGUUUGUCGAGCUUUUCCGAAGUUACACUACUUUCGGAAAUAGCAAGGCAAGAAAGAUCACCCGUGGUGCCAGGAAGAGCACCCGUGAAGGAGGGACAACGACUGCUGAAGAUUUUAACCUGUUAUCACGGCAAUCCUUUCCCGAUGUCCGACGCUUGUGUGGAGAAGUGAUAGAGCAAGUACGACGCGGCAACAAAUUCCAGUUAGCCGGUUUGAGGAACGCUGCCACGGGUGCGCUCAGUGUCGCGGCUGAUGCAAAAGACGGCGCAGAUGCGGUAAUGCAUGGCAACGCCGAAGACGAGGAGCAAGUACCAGUACCAGUGCCAACUAAGAGUAGUAAAGCUGCGGCUUCCACUUCUACUGUUAGUAGAGUUAGUCGGAAAUCAACUUCAACGCGAAGUCCUUCUAGAAGUACAAGAAAGUCUACAAGAAGGAAGUCUGCUUCUGGUGGAAAAUCUAGUGAUGGCGACGUCGUAUCCUCACCAGGAGCGACAUCAAGUAGGGAUGAUAACGUUGACGUUCAUCUUGAGGAAGAUGUCGUAUCUUCACCAGGAGAGAUAGUGCGUCGCAGAUAUCUGGCGAAAUUGAAAGAGUCUCUCUCUACCGUAAGCAAUCAGCGAUUGCCGGAAGCAGCGCGACAAUUUUUUUCUCUGAAAAUUCGAAGAUUCUUUGCAGACCACCGCAGCGAGACGCAAGAGGGAUUUGUGAUGCCAACAUUAAGGCUACGAGAAAUUGAAAUGCAUCUUCACGGGCAUCCUGAGACCGUUUUCAAGGGGAAAAAGGUUCUAGGAUGCUCUUCAAGAUCAUGGGUUUCUCUCUUAGUUCUAACAACAGAGAUGCGAGCGAGAGGAACGCUUUCAGGGCUUACUAGUGAACAAGUAACGGCCAAAGUUCUAACGACUGCAGCUGUCGACGACUGGUGUAGUGAAUUUUGGUUAGCCACCGAAAAAGAGUUUGACGAGGAACAGUUGGGCCUCAGCGAGCACCUAGGACGCGAAAUCGGCCUCCCUUUCUCACUCCCAGAUCACGCGAAACUGUUCUUGCGGUAUUAUCUAGGAGUCUCUGCGUCUGCGAAUGCUGAGGGAGGUGACGAUAACGCCGUUUCCCCCAAAACGAGCAAAGCGAAACCAGAAGCGAAGAAGACGAAGAUACUUGGGGACCGCAGUUCGCUGAGAAUCAUAGCGCAUUCUGGGACAGCUGCUCCAGGUGCGUCCAGUCCAGAAACAACUACUUUAUGGAAAUAGACACAGCACAGGCAAGCAAUCAUUAUUCUAGUACUUAUACUCAUAUAUGUAUAACUAGAAGGUAAAAAAACAACAAUUUCUUCUUCAAGUAGGAGAAUCAUGCACUACAACUUCUAUCGUAGCUACUUGUACUUAGAACAUUCAUCCAGAAUCAAAAAUCAAGCCAGUCACUUGGUGUCGUUCUUCUAAUGUGAGGAAAUAGCAAAACAAAAGGAGAGCGAUCCCCAUCACCUGGAGGCCUUAGGAUGUCUGCUGUGCAGGGCAAAAAAGUACGAGGACGUGCGCGCACAACCACAUCUCUGCGAACUCUUCGGAUGCAGGAGCGCGCAGUCUCAUCUGACGACGACAGGGAGGCAGGUGUAGACGAUAAACCAAGCAGCAUAUUAAAGGAAAGCAGGAGUCCACUACCAGAAAGGAAAUCCAGCAGUAGAAGUGGGAGGAGUCGGACACCAAGUAAAGAAAAAGCUGCUCUAACAUCUCCACGUUCUCAACCAUAUCCUGAUUGGGUGCAGCUAGAUGUUACUCCUAGGAAGGUGGAGAAAAACACAGCCGAGCACUGGAUGGAGGAAGAGAUGAGACACGUAUCCUCUAUCCGAAAACAAAGGCGAGCAGAACAAAAUGGAGGAACUGGAACCUCUUCGCCAAGUACUAUUUUGAUUUUAACGAGGAGGACAAGCUUCACUCUUUCUACUAACUAAUACUAAGCUACUUCCUUGAUGAAUAUGGUAUUUUUGUCCACUGCUUCCACCUGUUGAUCUCGAGAAUAGGAUUUAAUAACCAUCUUCAUCUUCCCCUGUAAUUUACCACCACGACAAGCACAAAAAUCACACCACGCACUACCUACGUACCCCUUCUCUUCAACAGCACCACGUGAAAACCAGAAGCGCGACAAGCAGCAGGGACUAGAGUCGUCACCAGGAGGAGUGGCGCUGGCGACACCGAGAGCUGAGAAUAGUAGAGCAACCGACGCCGAAAAAGGAGAUGAGCGCUACACCGUCUCGCCAAGUGGAGAAGAGUUACGACAUAGUCCUCUCUUGAUUUUUGUUAUAUAUAGGGAUCAACAAUCAUCUCGAAGGGGCUUCACCAGGACCAGUGUUGUAAUAAUAUGAUCGUGAUUCUUGAGGAAGGGGAGAGCCUACAAGUACAACAAGGAUCGUUAAGAUAAAGAUUGUAAAUCAUCAUAUCAUGAUCAAGAUUGACAAUUUAGCUCAAGUGCUUCUUCCUGUAGUGCCCGUCUCUAAGAAACUUGAAGUGGAAAAAAAGAGGAGCUAAGAAGGAAAUCUCGCAAUACCAGGUUUUGCGUAAUGGCAUUUCCCUGCUAGCAGAACCAGUAGUGGGAGAUGAUGUGAUUUUCUCGGGCACCCGGCUAGGCCAAGGAGCAAUCGUUGUGACCGAUCUUGUCCUACCUCUUGACGGCUUGAAGUAUCUGCGGUUGAUCGAUGGCAGUGGUUGGCUCGUCGAUGACAGUGCCAUCAAUGCGGGAGCCCCUUCCUUGCGUCGCAUGGCUGGAGGUGCGGUGAUCAAGCCAAUGGGCUCAGUACAACAAGAAGAGCUACCAACUUCGCUUGAUGUGCAAGGAGGUGCUUCAGGUGGCUCUUCAUCGUCCAGAGGCGGUCGACGUAGCAAAGGGGGCUCACUGGUGGAGACCAGGGUGAGCCAAAUUGCUCAAAACCUGUCGCAGCCACCAAGAACCGCAGCGGCUGGAGGAGCUUUACUGGCAUCGAGCACUCUGGUUCGAGGUGGAGGAGGAAUACAACAUUAAGGUUGCAAUAAAUGCAUCUUCCCAAGCAUGUUGCCCCCGUUUCUCAAGCGGAAACGGACACUAAAAAGAUGCUCCUUUACUAGAUGCGUUUAUGGUAGUUCUAACAACCAGGCGAACCUCCGUACGCAUGGCCCCCAGUCGAUCCACCGUACGAUCACCCUGUUGCCCUAUCACCAAGCUCUACUAAGAACACGCCAAGAGUACAACCGGAACAUCUACUGCGUCCUGACGUGAACGGUCGAGGUAUAGCUGCUGGCUUGAACUAUACCACUAUGCUUGAUGGGCGAGAAGGGCAUGUAUCUUCACCCCAUACUGUAGCAGCAGGAGCGCCGAAUAUGGUUAUGGCAUGAUGCGGUCAGAUUGCUAGUCCAUCUUGUUCGUCGUGCAUUUUGAAAGUGAGCGACCUUGAAGAUUCGGAGUCCUGUGUGCGUAUGAGUAGUCUAAAUCGUGAUUGACCCUGUUCCUGUUGCUCCUGCUUGUACUUCCUUAAAAUGAUGCUUAUGGAGUUUCGUACAGAUUACUCAGGAGUCCUGCGAUGGGGUUGAACUACGAUACAACAUGAUGUUUGUCUCCGUAUGCCUCCCGACAACCUUCUUCCCCUAUCCCUACCUUUUUCAUACUAUUCGGUGCUCUGCCAGCUAGGAAAGAGUUUUCGCCACGUUCUCCAGGAGACUACAAUGACGAGGAUGACAUUCCCAAACUGCGGACGCCCAGACUAGGCUCCGGUGGAGCACCGUAUCAAAGUUUCGAACAGAAGACUAGAGGUACAACUUCUUUACGAAGACCUCAAGAGAUUUUCGAGGACCUCAAAAAUACAUAUUCACUUUCAGACUGACUGUGUGCUAAAUUUGUACUUGUGCUGCACAAGUGGGAAUUGAUCCUCAUCCUUCCAUGCCAGAAUAUGCACAAAUUUAUUCACAACAAUCCUUUGAUGCACCCACGACCCUGAAUCCUUUGAUGCAACCAUGACACCCUAAAUCCUUCCAGGACCUGCUCAGCAACAGCCGACUCGGGAAAUCGACAGUAAAGCUUCUUCUUCCUUCAGCACUCGUGCGAAGUACCUAAUCAGUCCUGGUCUGAAUGUUAAGAGGCUCACUAAAAUAGAAUAGUGGUAUUCAACAUAUAAUUUGCUUUCGUUGUGGUCUACUGCAAGAAGUAGGUUUAAAGUAGGUCGUUCUUUCUUGCGUAAUUCUGCGAUGGUGAAGUUUUUGUAGUAUUGGGAUUUGGCAGUUUCAGCUUUCAAAUUUUUGAGCACAAACGCCCCCACUCUCGGGACAGAACAUAACAGAGACUGACGCUCAUACUUGACGUUCAUACUUGUCAUAGCGUAGCUUAGGCACAUCUUCGAGCUCUAAAAUUGGAGUGCCCAUGGCAAUGUCGGGAAUGCUUCCAGUGCCACUCAGCGCUGCAGAGAGGGAUAUGCCAAUAUCUGCAGACGCGCUCAUGCGCAGCUACGAACCUGACUUUCAGUUUCAGGGAACCUAGUUAAGUAUGCGGAGAGGGAGCUGAAGCUGCAUUCGAGAGCAGCUGACCAUGAUGUUGACACCACAUGGAUGCGACAUUUUCAAGGGUAAAGAAAAUGAAUCUGUAGCAGAGACAGUAAGAACUGCAUAGAGAUGAUGGAGACGAAAACGAAUAGAAAGUUUUCCACUUCUCCUUGUAACGAUUUAUUAAGCAUACAAUCAAGAUGAAUCCAUCGCAUUGCUCGAGAAUGAAAUUGAAUCGCAUAACCUUCAGAAAAUGAAAUUGAAUCGUAGAAAUAAGCAGUUUUUAUUAUUUCAGAACUACAAAAAUUAUUACAAUGAAAUUGAAUCGUUGAAGAUAUGUAUCGUCCUUGCACCGAUGUAUAGCCGUAUUAUCGCAUUAUCCUGAGCGUCCCAAUGAUAUGAGUGAAUAGAAGAUUGGAACCCACUGGGGCUGAGCUUUCCUUUUGAGAUUUGAUGGUCUUUUUGGUUUGAAAAUGUAACUCACGACCAAGACAGUGAGUAGAUGUACUACGUGUCUGACUAGUACGCAAGACAUAUGCCUAUGCCUAUGCGAAUGCCCUUGACGUAAAUCUGAGUCUUUUCUGACAUUACCCAACAUAAGAACGAACCUAGUAACGUAUUUGUAUCCACCGCUCGUUAUGCUUAUGAUUUCUCCGACGCAACAGCCAGGAACUACAAGAACUCGGGCUAUUAUUUUGUCGCUGCGUGCAGUAUGAGAAAUUUGAUAUAACAAACUGAGCACUUAACCUUAAGGGAAAGGCAACAUCAUGAUGUCGAAUUGAGCUUACAACCUAUCUAAAGUGUGUCAAAUUCAACCUCAAUUAUAACUCAGUCAAUACACUAUGUCUUCACUAUGUCUUCUUAUCUAUUCUUGUCCGUUUUCUGAACAGUCCACCGUCCGAGGGUCCCUCAAACGAACUUACCCUUGAAAAAAAUUAAAAUGCUUUGUUUUUGUUAUCGAUUCUUGAUCUUGUUCCUGACGAGCCUAAUUGUUAAUUGAUGAAUGUAUUCCGAAGUUCGUUGUAGCAGGUCUAUUUCGUAGCCUAGAGAAGACAACGAACUAUAAAGCAGGAACAACUAAACUUUGUAUGUGAUGAUUGAACGAACAAUGAACGCAGACCAUGACCUCCGAAGGAAGUCAUCAUCACAUAGAGCUACAGCUACACGGACGGACAUUUUUGGCACACACGUCAGUCCAGCUGGAUAAUGUCCUCGGCUAUACUCGGCGUGUAAUAGUGCGUAGAAUGAAGGUAGCCACCGGUGAGCGUAGC